AAAAAAAAUCCCCCAUUAUUUUCUCGCCCCGUUUUUUCUGUCUUUGUCACCUAUUCCUCUUCCGAUGCUACUUUCGUGUCCACCACUGGUCUCCCCUGGUCGCCUAUCAGUUUCUACCAUACCGAUACGAGAAGUGGUUGUACCGGUGGAAAUUCAUGUUGCCAUAUUCCAAUAUCUAGAUGGCAGGUCACUCACGCAAUGCCAGAAAGUUUGUCGGCAUUGGUAUAGAAUCAUACACCAAUACGAAGAGUUGAUAUGGGGAUCCGCGGCGAAGACUGAUUUUGAAUUCGAAGGAAUCAGCCGAUUCUGGAAAUUGCAAAUGCAACAUCCUCGCAGUUUCAAUGACAUUGGCUCCUUCAGAGCACUGAAGCGAACGUGGGCGGACUCAUAUCGGAUAAGCACCAAUUGGUAUUCCGGAAACUGUCAUGGCUACUUCCCGGAAACCAUAGACUCGGAAGUAACAUCCAAACACCCCCACGCUGUAGUUGGAAUACCGCAAGAAGGAUUAUUUAGUACAUCGUUGAAUUUGAUUCCCGGAGGACAACUCGUGCGCUAUAAUCCAAUUUAUCGAUCCCCAGCAAGCGAGGGGCAGGAAGCACGCAACAGCACUAUUGCUGUUCUCCAGCACACCAGCUCUGGGAAUACCUCCGUUCUGAGUUCCGAACCUUUCGCUGGCAUCUCUAGUCAAUAUACACAUCCACUUUUAAAUUAUAUGGUCACCGGCGACAUCAAUGGAAAUGUCAGUCUUAGAGACCUAGCCAAGCAAGACGAUGUUAUAACGUGGACUGGUCAUCGAGGACGAGUUCUGUGCGUGAGCAUGAAUGAAAACGUGGUGAUUAGCGGUGGCUCUGAUUGCACGUUAAGAGUUUGGGAUAUCAACCGGUUAAUGCCCCAUCGCAAGAAUCAAUCUGCAGAUGCACACAACUGGAGAGGCACUAUUGAUAUAUCGCUUUAUUUAUCAACUACAAGCGAAUGGUUUACUGGCGUUGGAGAGCUUGCAGUCAACGAUAAUCUUAUUGCAUGUUCUUCUGAUACAAGUGCUCCCAUUCUCAUUUUCUCCUUACUCACCGGCUCCUUGGUUUACCAGUUGCGAUCGAGAUUUAUGGGUACCGGCUCCAUGUUCUCGCAUCUUUGUAUGACCCCUUUCUUCUUGCUCACGAAAGGGAAGGUCCUACCAAAUGAUAAUGGUCCUCGAAUUGUUCAGAGUACAUCGAACCACACCAUGGAAGAACAACGCAUCAACAGCCAAGAACAAUCCAGUACUAGAUACGGCUAUGUCACGCAGCUGAAUGACAGCACAAUCAACAUACCUCGGCAACCCAACUUGACAGCCUAUCAAUUGCAGCAGCUUUUGCAAUUGCGAAAUACGCCGAUGGGUAAUGACGACGACUCUCUCUCUCAGCCCGACAUGCGUGCUUGCAUUAACGUAUGGGACUUGCGGACAGGGAAAAUCAUCUAUCGACUAGUUCCAGACCCAUCCCCUGAAAGUCGAAGAUUCACAUCAAUUACCGAUAUUCGAACCACACCGGACUUUUCCAAGGUCGUGGCAGUUUUGUGCGAUAUGACGUCCGGAAAGGAAAAAGUCUACGUUUGGGACUUCUCAUGUCAUGUCGGACCCAAUACAUCUAUAGAACCAAGCGAACAAGAGAUGUUCAUUGAAGAAGUAGACAACGAGCCCAUGAAAGCGUAUGCACCAGUAUGUCCUAGAGCAGGAAAGGCUUGGCUUUGCUACAUGUAAAUGACCCUAUACACGAAAACGCCGCGCUUUUCUCUUCAACUGCAAAAAUUGCCCUCCCCCCUCUCUACUUUGUAAAUCUCGCCUCUCGCAGUUUCUUUUGAAAAAGCGAUCUACAUGAACUUCUCGAGCGUCUCGUUGGGUUCAUUUAUAACAUUUCAUUACAUAUCAAUCACCUGCAACUCUUUUUUUAUAUUAUUUUUUCGAUCAUUUGUGUCAUUCAUUGUCUAUAAGCCGCUGUAAAUUCAUUCAAUCCAAGCAUGCAAUAAAUGCCUUUUUUUUAAUCACCGAGAAUGAUUUCGGUACUACAAGC